AUGUGCACCCCAUUUUCCCCAUUCUAUAAAAUCCCAAACCCUCAUAUCAUAGCAUAUCAUCAUUCUCCAAACCCUUUUCCUCCAACAUCGCAAAGAUCCUUUCUUUCUGCAAAGGUAAUCGAUUUCUCUACUCUCACCAUGGAGUUAAUUUCAGGUCUACCAGAGGACGUGGCCCGGGACUGUCUGAUACGGGUGUCGUAUCAAGAGUUCCCCACGGUGGCGUCGGUCUGCAGACUCUGGAAAUCCCAGAUUCACGCGCCGGAGUUCCACCGUCAACGCCGCACCACAGGCCACGCCCAGAACGUCAUGCUCAUGGUUCAAGCAAAGGUCGAACCGGGAACCGCUUCGACCAAGCGCGUGACCAACCCGGUUUACAGACUCAGCGUGUUCGAACCCCAAACGGGUAAUUGGGCCGAACUGCCAGGCCCACCCGAGUUCAAUUCGGGGUUACCCAUGUUCUGUCAGGUAGUGGGCGUCGGGUACGAUCUGGUUGUGUUGGGCGGGUUGGACCCUAAUUCAUGGAAAGCAUCCAAUUCGGUUUUUGUUUAUAACUUCUUGUCGGCCAAGUGGCGCCGCGCCGCCUGCAUGCCCGGCGGACCCCGCACCUUCUUCGCGUGCGCCGCCUCCGACUCCCACGCCACGGUUUUCGUCGCCGGCGGACACGACAACGAGAAGAACGCGCUGCGCUCCGCGCUUGCUUAUGACGUCUCGUCGGACUGCUGGAUUCCGCUGCCGGACAUGGCGGCGGAGCGCGACGAGUGCCGCGGCGUCUUCCGCCGCGGCCGGUUCUUCGUCGUCGGGGGUUACCCGACGGACGCGCAGGGAAGGUUCGAGAAGAGCGCGGAGGCGUUCGAUCCCGCCACGUGGCGCUGGGGAGAAGUGAAGGAUGGCUUCUUGGAUUGCGCCACGUGUCCGAGGACGUUCGUGGACGGUGGCGAUGGCGAUGGCGAGGGGGCGUACCUGUGCGUCGGGGGUGAGUUGAUGGCCAUGCGGAGGGACACGUGGCAGAGGAUUGCGGCGGUGCCCGGGGAUGUGUGCAACGUGGCGUACAUUGGAGCGUUGGAUGGGACACUGGUGGUGAUCGGAUCCAGCGGCUACGGGGAAGUCCACGUGGCUUAUGCUUUCGAUGCGAAGAGUUGUAACUGGAGAAAACUGGAGACACCGGAGGCCUUCAGAGGACAUGUCCAAACUGGUUGCGUUUUGGAGAUUUAGGAAAAUUUGCAUUUUCAUUUUUCUACAUAAAUAUUAUACAAUUAUAGGUAUAUAUACUCUAUAUAGAGUAUAGUUUUCCAUCUUGAAAACUUAAUCUUUUUUCUUAAAGAAUUGAAAUAGCGCGAGUGAAAAAAAAAAAAUCUAUCUCCUCCUGAACUUCUGUAUAAAGAUGAUUUUUGGUUGAUAAUGUAGAUUAUUAAACUCUAAAAAUCAGGGUGUCUUUGAAACUCAUUUGCACUAAAUUUCCACUUUUCAAUACUCCUAUAGUAAAAAGAAUGAGAGUGGUCCACUUUCCAAUGCUCCUAUUGGAAAAAGAAUGAGAGAUUCGAGAUUCGUUUAAAGACUUGAACUCCACGAAUGUGACACACAAUUUUAAUUCUGUUUUCCUAGAUGUCUAUUAAUGUGCUGUCAUUUAUUUAAUUUAAUAUUUUUUUAUGGA